CCACCCACCCAAUGUCUAUCUCUCUCUCUGUUCUUCCUUCCACACACAAAGCCUGUGUGUGAGAGAGAUUCUCGAAGCCUCUUCUCUUCUAGGGUUCCUUCGCUUCUAAUAAUUACCUUUUCAAAGUUUUAUCUCAAGCUCUUUCCCGAUCUCGCGUUAUUUUUGAAGGUAUCAGUCAUACUAAGUGGAAUUUCGUCCAGUCCAAGAAGCUAUUCUCCGUUGCUGAGGUGCUAGUUGGUUAGAUAUACUUACAGGAUAUUGGAUUUGUUUCGGGGGGAAGUUCAUCUGAAAAUGGGUUAUAUGUGUGAUUUCUGCGGAGAUCAAAGGUCGAUGGUCUAUUGCCGAUCUGAUGCUGCUUGCUUGUGUUUAUCAUGUGACCGUAAUGUUCACUCUGCUAAUGCUCUUUCUAAGCGUCAUUCAAGAACACUCGUAUGUGAAAGAUGCAGUUCGCAACCAGCAGUAGUUAGAUGUGCUGAAGAGAGGGUCUCUCUGUGUCAGAACUGUGAUUGGAUUGGUCAUGCCUCGUCCGCCUCGACUUCAACUCAUAAGAGACAUGCAAUCAAUUGUUACUCUGGCUGUCCAUCUGCCACAGAACUUUCUUCAAUAUGGUCUUUUUUUGGUGAAUCGACUUGCGAGCAGGAGAUGGGUUUAAUGAGCAUUGCCGAUAGUAGUGCAAGAAAUACAUUGGGGGCUGCAGAAAAUGCAGUCAGGCAAAACAUGCCUAGUACUGAGGUGAAUGAUGUGUCUGAAAUUGAUAGGUCAGGUGCUUGGGUUGGAAACUCUUCAACACCUCAACUUAGCUCCAAACCAUGUGCCCCACCAGCUGGAUCUACAAAUCCACUGUUGCCCAAGUUAUACUGUCCUGGAACUAAAGGUCCUGCAUUCUGUGAAGAUGAUAUUUAUGAAGAUUUCAAUAUGGAUGAAAUGGAUUUGAACAUUGAAAACUAUGAAGAACUUUUUGGUGUAACUCUCAAUCACUCGGAAGAGCUCUUUGAGAAUGGGGGGAUUGAUAGCUUAUUUGGGGCAAAGGACAUGUCUGGUGCUGAUUCCAACUGUCAGGGUGCUGUGGCCGCUGAGGGAUCAUCUGUUGGAGUGGUCAGUGCAAUACAUCCAGCAUGCAGCAAUGCAGCAUCCGCUGAUUCCAUGGUGAGUUCAAAAACAGAACCAAUCCUUUGUUUGCCAGGAAGGCAAGGUCCCACAAGCCUUUCAUUUUCUGGCCUUACUGGAGAGAAUAGUGCUGGAGAUUAUCAAGAUUGUGGGGCAUCUUCAAUGCUCCUUAUGGGAGAGCCUCCAUGGUGUUCUCCAGGCCGGGAGAGUUCCUUCCCAUCAGCAAGUCGUAGUAAUGCAGUAAUGCGCUACAAGGAGAAGAAGAAGGCACGAAAGUUUGAGAAAACAGUGAGGUAUGCCUCCCGGAAAGCGAGGGCUGAUGUGAGAAAGCGUGUGAAGGGGCGUUUUAUUAAAGCUGGUGAUGCUUACGACUAUGACCCAUUGACCCAAACCAGCAGUUACUGAGUGAAAAUUUUCACCAUUCUUUUGAGAGAAGCAACUAAGCAUUUUGAUGUUUAGUGGGAAAGAUUUGGUGAUUAUAACCUCAAAACUGGCUGAAAUUGGUUCGUUAUUUCCCUGUGCAAUGACGAGCUAUCAUGAAUGUCACAGGGCACGACGGUUUUAUUAGGAGAGAAAGGUAAAUGUAAAAAGGCUGGUUUCUGAAGCUUCACCAAUAAAGUGUAGGUGCAGAGAUCUGAUUCUCAGCUCAACAUAAAAAUAUUGAUGGAUUGUGAUACCAUCGAGCACGAUAGAUCCCCUUGUCGUCAAGCUAUGGAGCUUCAUCUGAUUCUCGUUCGACUGCUUUUGAGAAGGCUUGAUGUGCAUCUUCCCAGGUUGAUGCUUGAUGUUAGUUAUUAAUCUAUUUCUUUCUGCUCGAAUUGGAAGGAAAAGCAAUGGCAUGAUGGAUUCCCAAACCAGGUUACUGCAUGGUCUAGGAUUCUAACCCUUAUUGCCCCCACUAAGCCCCAAAAAAAUGAGAGACCCCUUCAUUUGUAUAUAACACAGGAUCUAUAUAUUACUUGUAGUUGUUGUAGUUUUCUUCUUGAAUAUUUGUUGACAUGUAUAGCACAAAGCAGUUGUGUGUGCAUUUAAAGAAUGGCAGAUUUGCAGUAUCCUA